GGCGACGCGGGGCGGGCCCCCCUUGUCCGGCUGGCCGCCGGCGUGCUCGCUCGGCGGGGGGCGGUCCCGCGCUGAUUGAUCCCUCGCUACGCUUUGCUCGGGGGUCUACAUUAGGGGAAACCGCUGCUCCUGUCUUAAAUAGAUGAAUGAGUAGUUCGGCAUUUCAAGAUAUAGCAAUUAGCUCCGCUGUUCAAGGAGGAGGAGGAGGAGCUUCCAGCACAAGCACCAUUGCUUUGUGUUGCUUCAGAUGAACAGCCAAGUUGGGCCCAAUAACCACAAGAACUUGAAUGUGGUCUAUCAGGAUCUCACCACGGUUCUUGGUCUUGGCAGGUUUGACUCCGGGAACCUUGCUGCCGGUUUGCCUCUGAAAUGUGAUAUGGAUCCGGCAAAUUUGGUGCGCACCAGGACCAUACCCUCUGAGAAUGUACUCAAACCAGCUCAACAUUCAAGUGACAACCUACAAGAUACGUCUUCUCCCUGCGAAAGCCCGCAUGCUGGAAAAGUCAAGUUCAUGUGUAGCUUUGGUGGGAAAAUCCUGCCUAGGCCUAGUGAUGGGGUGCUCAGAUAUGUGGGCGGGGAAACACGUCUCAUAUCGAUACCCAGAAACUUCUCAUGGAAGGAACUUGUGCAUAAAACCCUCUCGAUCUACAAUCAGCCUCAUACCAUCAAGUAUCAGCUCCCUGAUGAGGACCUUGAUGCUCUGAUUUCUCUUUCAUGUGAAGAGGAUCUUCAGAAUAUGAUGGAAGAAUACUACAGUCUUGAAAAGGCCAAUGGCUCACCGAGACUUCGGAUAUUUCUUGUCUCCCCGAAUGAUUGCGAGGAGUCAUCGUUAAGUGCAAGAAGUUUAGAAAGUGAACCAGAAUAUCAUUUUGUUGUUGCUGUGAACAAUCUCUCACAACUGAAGCAGAGUACCAGUGACAACAAUUUGGUGAGCCAGUUGAGCCAACAGUUGGAUAAUUCCCUACUCCCCUCCAGAGACUCAACUGUAUCUCAAACAGAUAUAGAAAGUGGGAGUAAAGCUUUGGCUGGAACAGCCUUAAGCGAGUCUUCCUCUCAGUUUUUUCUUGCUCCAUACUCACAACAAAUGGUGGCUGAGUCAGCAGCAACUUCCUCCCCAGGCUUAAAUCGACAGAGGACGUCUUUGAAUCAGUCUAGGUUGCGGAUGUCUUCAGACAGACUAACAAUGAACCAAGAACAUGAGAACAAAUAUGAAGUUAGCAAUGGAUCAAAUUUGAAAACCAUGCUUCCAGACCAUCAAGAUAAGACUCAAAGCGAUGUAGACACAGGUAUUGGAAUUGGAUCAACCAUGCACAAUCUUCAAAUUCAAAGGCAGGCAAAAGAUUUGGGUACACCUCGAAAUGAGAGUUACGUGAGUUCACAUACAAAUUAUGAUAAGUCCACUCCAAUGGAAAUGCCCUUUUAUUCUGAAAAGGUGUACAUCCAUCCAGAGACUGCUAGUUGGCUAUCUGGCAUGCAUGAAUACACUGGCCAAAUUCAUGGCAUGCCGCAUGCCUUCUCUGAUCCUUUGCUGAAUGAUCGCACUGAACAACCUGCAUCCAAUCUGUCUUUAACUUUUGAUUCCUACAUACCCCCUUCAUUUUCCCAGAAAAUGUGUCAAGCUAAUGAGCUGGAGAGAACAAUAAGCGGGACUAGGCCAGAUCUUCUACGUGCUAAACCACCUCAGAUUGCUCGUAUGGAUGAACCAAAUUACCUUGUUUCUAGUCAUACCGACCAGCGGUACGGUCAAGGAGUUACUGGUGGAGCCAGUUUUGAGUCAGCCGUAUAUUACCAACAAGACAGUUUGCCUACUAAUAUGGUGCAAACAGGUCAUGAUGGUGGUCCUGUUGUCCAACAGAGGAAGAUUUAUCAUCCGGAGAACAGUGCCGCCCCAAGUGUUGCUCCCCAGUGCACUUAUGUUGACACAAGGCUCACUUUGCACCACACACGUGGUGCAAGGUUGUCCUCGGGUGAGUUAGAUGCUCUAGAAAGCUCAUGCUUGACGCCAAUGCAUGCUACUGAUAAUUCUCAUUCACGCUUUCUUCAUGGAUUCCCUAAUGGAUCUCAAACAGCGAAUUCAGAUCGUGGAUCUCAUGUAGAGAAAAUGAAAUUAGGGUGUGUUACAGAUUAUGGAACAGCUGGCUGUGUGCAUGGUAAUGAUAAAGUUGCUCCUGGACCCCAUAUACUGUUGCCUAUUGACCCUUUUGAAGCUUUUGCGCCACAAAGAUCGGUGGCAAAUGGAGCAUCCGCUGUGUAUCAAAAUGAAAAUUUCGACCAGUUAUUGGGGCAUACCUCUGGUUUGGCUACCUCUUCAUCUAUUGGACUAAGUAAUCCUGAUCUGACCGUAAACAUGUUUGGCAAUGGCACCUUCAAGGAUGGCCUUUUACAGAGAGAUGUUCCUGUUUUUAAUCAGCACAAUAUCAUCUGCAGUGAUGUAGGGGUAAUUGGAUCUGAUCGUGCAACCAUCAAUAACGAGGACAUGAUUCUGAAGGGCAGAAUGCAUAAUAAUUUUCAAAUGGAGGCACGUGUUAUAGUUGAGGACGUGACUGAUGAUAUGCCUUCAUGCAUUCCGUCAUCCAGACCAAUUCCUCAGGUUGAAAUGGCAGCUGAAGAGCAGCACCAUGCAAUUAUGUCAUCAGAGAAGGAUGAUGAUGCUAAGAGCGAUGGGCCAGAGUUAGCUAAUGAGGAGCAUGGUGAUAAAGCAGCUGCGGAUGGGUCCAUUAGUGAUGCUGAGAUUGCCGAACUUGAAGCCAGCAUGUAUGGCUUGCAGAUCAUAAGAAAUGCUGACCUCGAGGAGCUACGUGAGCUGGGAUCUGGCACGUUUGGAACCGUUUACCAUGGAAAAUGGCGAGGAAGUGAUGUUGCUAUCAAACGUAUCAAGAAAAGCUGUUUUGCUGGGAGAUCAUCUGAACAAGAGAAACUUACCAAAGACUUUUGGAGGGAGGCACAAAUUCUUUCAAAGCUGCAUCAUCCAAAUGUUGUUGCUUUCUAUGGUGUGGUUCCUGAUGGAACUGGAGGAACAUUAGCAACUGUGGCAGAAUUUAUGGUGAAUGGUUCACUAAGGAAUGUUCUUCUAAGGAAGGAUAGAUCGCUUGAUCGUCGGAAAAAGCUCAUCAUUGCAAUGGAUGCGGCAUUUGGGAUGGAAUAUCUGCACUCGAAAAGCAUAGUCCAUUUUGAUUUGAAAUGCGACAAUUUACUCGUUAAUUUGAGAGAUCCCCAGAGACCAAUCUGCAAGGUUGGAGACUUUGGAUUAUCGAGAAUUAAGCGCAACACUUUGGUUUCUGGUGGUGUACGGGGCACCCUUCCAUGGAUGGCACCGGAGCUGUUGAACGGUAGCAGCAGCAGAGUGUCUGAGAAGGUGGAUGUGUUCUCUUUCGGGAUAGCAUUAUGGGAAAUCUUGACGGGUGAGGAACCAUACGCAAAUAUGCAUUGCGGCGCUAUCAUAGGCGGUAUCGUGAACAACUCUCUCCGGCCUCCAGUACCUGAAACCUGUGACCCUGAAUGGCGAAUACUGAUGGAGCAAUGUUGGUCGGCCAAUCCCGAUAUCCGCCCCUCGUUCACUGAGGUCACGGAUAGGCUACGAGCCAUGUCAGCGAUGCUUCAGUCAAGGGUACAGGCCCCAGGAAGCUGAUAAAGCUUAGAUGUCAUCAACCAGCAAAAGAUUGCUGGCUAAUCCCCACGGGCUCUUUUUGUGCAUAGACGAGUACAUAGCAUACCUGUAUUUAUGGUCACACUGUAUUCUGUUUGAUGUAUCUAUUCUUAUUUUUUGACCAUUUUUAGGGUUUCUGAAGUAGCGUUUCUUGCAAUUUUUGUGUGUAGUUUGCGAAACUUGUGACUGUCAGACCACUCAAGCUUCCAUUUUUGGUCCUUUGGUUGUAAAAGUAUGAGAUUGUAAUUAUAUAGCAGACGAACUGGCAAAAAGCAUACUGCCACUUUUGAACCUUCAUAAAUUCAGAAAUAAAGUUGAGGUUUUUGCUUAA